UAUGGAGAGCGCUAAGCCGUCGUCUUCGGCGCCGCCGUACUCUGGAGGCGCCGGCGGGAAAUUCAGGAAGCCUCCUGUUUCACGGAGGCGGCCGUCUACUCCUUACGACCGUCCAUCACUGACUACUGGUAAUAAUAAAUCGGACGAGUCUCAAGACGGUGGCGGUGGUUGGUUAUCGAAGCUUGUUGUUAAUCCUGCUCGCCGUCUCAUUAUUGGUGGUGCCACCAGAAUACUGCCAUCGUUUUUCUCCAAAUCAGAUUCUUCCUCCGCUGACGAAUAUGAGGACGAUCCGUCUGGUGAUCAAGAUAUUCAAGGUAUAGAUGCAACAGUAAAUGCAUGCAGUGAUGCUAAACAUACUUUGGAGGUUGGAGUAUCCAGGUGGAGUGGAGAUGCAGGUCCUAGUAAUGAAAUGACUAAACUGAAGGGGAGCUUAGAACAUAAUGAUGCCAGACUAGAUAAAUCGAAGAACUCAAUUGGUGAUAUUGGUUUAGAUAAAAUUGAGAACAUGCUGAAAGGGAAACAAUUUUCUCGGGCUGAAAGCAAUCGUCUGAUGGAGAUAUUAAAUUCUAGAUUGGUUGAUGUUUCUAGUGCUGAGGAGGAGAAGAACACACCAGAUGUGAUUUCUCAGGGGCAAGCUAAAGAGGGCGUGCUGGACGUUGAAAUCCCAUCUACAUUAACCAUGGGGAAGCAAUAUGAUUUGGAGAGGGCUGUUUUAGAAACCCCAAUGCGUCGUUUGCAAUCAAAUAUGCGAGAGGAAGUUGCUGCUUCACCAAUAGAUAUUGCUAGAGCUUAUAUGGGAAGUCGAACACCAGAACUAGGCUUUAACACUUACAGUACCAUAUUGAAAGAUGGAAGAGAACAGCAACCUAGCAAUCUGUUUUCUUCAAAGCCACACAUCCUCACGCCUUCAUCGAAGUCAUCUACUUGUUGGCCGGGUGCCAUGGUACAAGAUCAGCGUGGUUUUCUAACCCCACAGAGUCAAAGAGGCAAAUAUGGGCUUCAUAAUUUUCCACGAACACCAUAUUCAAGAACGGUCAAUUCAAGGACCAAGCCAAAACUGAACCAGUUACAAGCUGAUAGCAGGUCUUCUAAUAUUUCUCUCACCACAUUCCAACAGUCGAGGACUCCUAAUUAUCGGCAGAUGAAGUCAAGUGGUGAUGUCAUGGACGGUGGCUAUGGAUCAGUAGGACCUAUUCGUCAUGUACGGAAAAUUUUUGCCUCAGAACCUGGAUUGGAAGGACCUAGUAGCCUUUUUUCUGCUCAAGUUCCUUCUUCCUCUGGUGCUUCAAGAAGCUUCAUCCCCGUAUUUCAAAAGAAUCCAGAAACUUCUGGAACUAGUGGCACUUCAAACGUCAAUACAGUUGACACUUUUAAAGGGGAGGCAACUCCUGCCGGACCAUCUAAUGAGACGGUUAGAAAAAUAUUAGAGCAGCUCGACAGACACAAGCCUACCCCUAAAGAGAAGGCAGCUGAACUGAAGCUAGCAACUGAAUGGAAAAGAUCACCUUCUCAAGAUCUUACUUUGAUGCCCAAGGAAAGUACCAUCGUAGCAACUCUUACAGAGCCUGAUCUGCAGAGAAGUGGUGUUUCAAGUGACAAUAGAACUUCUCUCAAUGGAACCAAUGGUGGAGUGAGUUUCAAAGGAAUGCCAGAUCCUACGAAAACUUCAAAUGCAGCAACCAAAACAUCUAGCACAGUUGAUGUUGCUGGUACAGGGCCUUCAUUUGGUUUCAAAAAUAUGGGUGGUGCAGAUCAGAACUCUACAGUCACGAACGACAAGGAAAAAGAGAAAAGUCAGCCAUGGUCAGUCGACAACCAAAUGAAUGGUGUGGACACUGCUAGGAAGAGGCCCUCUCAACCAAUCCUGAAGCCUAUUUCCUUCAAGAGGCCAGACCCACAACAGGUUAUAUCAGCCGAUAAUGGCCGUGGAUUUACCUUCCCAUUCUCCGUCACUUCCAGCUCAGCGGCUGAGCCACCUACACCAUCCAUUAUGCCAUCUUUUCCAGCAACUCAGUCAAAGGAAUUACCGACUUACAGUUUUGGUACGAAGAAGUCUAACAGUGAGCGGGUUGUUUUCAGUUUCCCUUCUACGAGCAAUGCUGCUCCUAUUGAUGACGGUGAGUCGGAUCUUAAGUUCAAGUUUGGGUCAGAUAAGAAGAAGAGGGUGUCUUUCAGUUCCUUAGGAAGUGAUGCCAUUUUUAUCAAUUGAACUUUUUGUUUGUAGGAGUCUACUCUAGCAAGUGUUGGUUUUUCUUUCCCAUAAUUCUUUGGU